AUGGAGCUGCUGUGCGUGGAAGCCGUCCCCCGCGUGCCCCGCGCCGGGCGCGACCCGCAGCUCCUGGGGGACCGGCGGGUGCUGCAGAACCUGCUGAGCCAGGAGGAGCGUUACAGCCCCCACGUCUCCUAUUUCCACUGCGUGCAGCGGGAGAUCAAGCCCUACAUGCGGAAGAUGCUGGCCUUCUGGAUGCUGGAGGUGUGUGAGGAGCAGAAGUGUGAAGAAGAGGUCUUCCCCUUGGCCAUGAAUUACGUGGAUCGCUACCUGUCGUCAGUCCCCACGCGGAAAAAUCACUUGCAGCUUCUGGGAGCCGUCUGCAUGCUCCUGGCUUCCAAGCUGCGAGAAACCAUGCCCCUGACCGUGGAGAAACUCUGCAUUUACACAGACAACUCCAUCACGCCUCAGCAGCUCCUGGAUUGGGAGGUUCUUGUCCUGGAGAAGCUAAAGUGGGACCUGGUCUCAGUGAUAGCAAAUGAUUUCUUGGCUCACAUCCUCCAUCACCUCCCGCUGCCGAAGGACAAGAUGGAGCUGGUGAAGAAACAUGCACAGACCUUUAUCGCCCUGUGUGCCACAGACUACACUUUUGCCAUGUACCCCCCCUCCAUGAUUGCAACAGGCAGUAUCGGAGCGGCGAUCCACGGCCUGACGGUCUCCGUGAACGAUUUCACCGGCGAGGCGAUCACUGAGCUGCUGGCCAGCAUCACUGGCACGGAGGUGGACUGCCUGAAAGCCUGUCAGGAGCAGAUUGAAGCAGCCUUAGCCGAGAGCCUGAAACAGGCGUCCCAAACCCAACAGGAAUACAGCGUCACCAAGACUGCUGCUUACUCUGCCAGCCAGCCCACCAGCACGCCUACAGAUGUCACGGACAUCAACCUGUGACCGGCCUCCCCUUCCCGAGAGCCGCCCAGCCCCGCCGCAGCAGGACCUCGCCCUGGACACCGAAUGGUCGCUGCAUCCCACCUACCCAUCCGUCAGCCCCCUCCAUCUGACGCCUCCUGAGGAUUUGUUCCGCUCGCUGGGAGCGCAGAGCAGGAUCUGCGCUCGUCUGUCAGAGCGGGCAGUCGGAGCUCGCUGCUGCAGGUGGCCGGGGUGAAGCGACCAUUUUCACGGUGGCAGGGCACAAGAAUAGCUGGGAAGGGGGAGCAGGACCCAAAAUGAAGUUGUAAAAUGUUUCUCAGUUCGUGUUCCUCGUAGCCCGGCUGGCCGCUGUUCGCCGUCUCCUCGGGGGUGUUUACCGUGACGACUUCCAGCCCUGCGUGGGCCAUCAAUCAUGGAUAGCGAGCCUCUUACCCUGGCCUAUGCAACCAAAUUCCUUAUAACCCCCCAACCUCCCUCCCCGGGCCGGGGUGCUACAGGCCCGCGUGGCUCACGAGAGAGAAGCGAGUGUCCCGGAGGAGGGAGCUGGUGCUUGUUGGUCCCUCGGUCCCCAUUGCUGCGUGCCAGAUUGCUGUGGCUCCUUGGGGGGUGGCGUGGCUGCUUCUGCUUGGAGGGGAAACGUGUGGCUUGUUUCUUGUUGCCGUUAGAUUUGGGAUUUGUGGGUUUUUGGCUUGCUUGGGGGACGUGCUCCCCGUCUGCAUGGAGAGCAGAAGAGAAGUCCUCGCCUCAAGGAGCAGCCUCCUGGGUGAGGUCUGGGCGCAAUCCCCUCAGCUUUCCGCUGCCCCACUGAGGCUGCUUAAUUUAUUGUUAACUGCUGGGAAACGGGGAGGGAGGAAGACUUCGCAGUUCCUUGGCGUGGGGCCUGGAUGCUGGUCUCCUCUCCUUCCGAAAGAGUGCCUUCACCCUUCGUCCCCUUCCCUAACUCCCUGGGCAAUGGGAGAUUCUCACUUGGAAGCUGAUUGUUGAUUUUAGGUAGCUUGGAUAUCAGACUAGGUUUUAAGAAAUACAUUUGAAUGUGCUGCUAUAGUCUGAAAUGCAUCUUCACUCCUCCAAGGCAGGGAUCUCGGAUCGCAUUCAGGAGGGGGCUGCGUUGCGUACAUCUCCAUGUGGGUCCGAGUCGUAUCCUUAUAGGGUGGAAAACUUGCUGCGCACUUGAGUUGAAAAGCGAUUAUUGCAUUUUUGUGUUGUUGUUGUUGAUCCUGUCUGUUAGUUUUUAUAAAAAAAGUGUUUAAAAAAAAAUAAUGCUGCUUUUCUAAGAGAAAACCAUUAAAUAGUAGAAUUGUAUUAACCAGGAGAAGCCAGAGAGACUCUGCAGGGAUGGGAGGCAGACUGUUGCUGCUUGGUGACCUCCGGACAUGUGGAGCUGUGGCUGCUGUCCUCCCGUGGGGGACGUGGAAGAGGUAGAAAUCUUCCUUUUUGGAUGCCACUAGAGACAAAAGUCUUAUCAGGUGGAAAAAAGAUGGGGCUGCUGUUCUUCCACUAGCCUGAUCUGUCAAGAAGAGCCAUCUGCUGCUGACUCCUGCUAGCCGGGGGGCUGGGGGCUGCGCAGAGCCUGUCUGUACAAAACGAAAAAAAAACAUUUUUUUUUUUAUAUAUAAAUGAGUUUUAAUUUAAGAGUAAACUGGUUUGGUGUUCACAUGCAAGACUCCCGCUGCUGGGAGAAUCAGAGGACCCUAUGAUGUUGCAAUAAAGUAUUUUAAACAAG